AUGAAAGAUAAGCCGUUUAAGCUCGAUUCCUUGCGAGACCUUCCGCGUUAUGUGAGUAACGAUUCUUACCAAACUGUUCUUGUCGUGUAUUACCUAGUUGCUUUGGGUUAUUUUCUGGGAUUGAGUAAGUCAAUUCUCGUUCCGUUGAAGAUCGUCCCAUAUCUCGGUUUUCGAGUGGAUUCGAUUCAUCAAGCGUUUAGAUUGAUUCUCACUAAGCGCGAUCGCUUUCUACAAUUGGUACGUGAACUACUAGGUAAACCGAAAGUAACUGUUCGUGAGUUGCAACGUGUGUCGCUUUUUCUCUGGCUGUCCCGGCAGCAAAGUUAUUUACCAGAGAAAUGAAUGUUGCAAUAUCUCGACACAUACGUUCUAGUCGUCCUUUUCCCCUAACAGAUGAUUUGAAGGACGAGAUCUCGCAUUGGUUAUUUCUGGACAAUUGGGAUGAGCCAUUGCCCUGGCGAGAUAAAAAACAUAUUGUUGUAUCUAUGGCCACUGACGCGUCGAGUUCGGGCUGGGCUGGGGUGGCGUGA